CUCCCGCGUGUGGUCCACGAUCAUCGUGUUGUGGUCGUGACAACGACAACAAAGGUGGAUUGGAAAAAGAGAUACAAACCACUGUCUUGCCUUAGACUAUAUGCAUGGUUUUCUUGCCAUUUUCACCCAACAAAACGACGUGUAUUUUGGAAAAAAUAGCAUCUUUAAAAGAAACUAACCUGCGCCGUUUUUGGACUGUUUCAAAAGGUUAAUAAUGAGCGAUAGGACAGCACCAAGAUCUCAGCUGCGUUUGGAAUGGGUGUACGGCUACCGAGGGCAUCAAUGUCGAAAUAAUCUUUAUUUUACUGCUUCAAAAGACCUGGUGUAUUUUGUUGCUGGAGUUGGAAUCGUUUAUAACUUAAAAGGAAAUACUCAACGGUUUUUUCUUGGUCAUAAUGAUGAUAUAAUUUGUCUCGCUUUACAUCCUGAGAAGCAAUUUGUGGCCACUGGUCAAGUUGGUAAAGAUCCAUAUAUCUGUGUUUGGGACACCAAGAAUUGCAAAAAUGUGUCUAUUUUGAAAGAUGCACAUCAACAAGGAGUUGCUAGCUUGUCAUUCAAUGCUAGUGGAAAUAAUUUAGCAUCUGUUGGAUUAGAGGAUUAUCAUCUUAUUUGCAUUUGGGAUUGGAAGCGAGGGAAACUUUUGGCAUCUGUCAAUGGUCACUCAGAUCGAGUUUUUGAUUUGAACUUCAAUCCAAAUAAUGACAACCAAAUGGUUUCAUGUGGUGUGAAACAUAUCAAGUUCUGGAAAUGGCAAGGAAACUCGUUGAAGCCACAGAAAGGAAUUUUUGGAAAGGGUGGAGAAAUUCAAACCAUGCUUUGUGUGGUAUUCGGCUUAAAUGGCAUUGCAUAUGCAGGAACGCUUGCAGGAGAUAUUUAUAAAUGGGAGAAAAACAACUUGGUUGGUAGCAUCCAUGGACAUCAGGCAGCGGUUUUUACAAUUCAUAAGUCGACUGAUGGUUUUGCUACCGGCUCAAAAGAUGGCAGCAUCAUUUUAUGGGAUAACAAUUUCAAAGUUGUUACUAAAAUUGACCUUGUGAAUAGUGAUAUUGGCUAUAAAGGUCUCUCCUUGCGCAGUGUUUGUUGGUCUGGAGAUAGAAUCAUUGUUGGGACGAAUGACAGUGAAAUACUGGAAGUCCUUGCGUCAAAUAAGGAAUCUGCUAGAACAAUAGUACAGGGUCAUGCGGAAGGUGAACUUUGGGCACUUGCCGUUCAUCCUAAAAAAACGAUGUUUGCCACCGGAAGUGACGAUUGCAGCAUACGGCUAUGGAGUUUUUCGGACCGCUUACUGCUGGCACGAAUCGAUCUUGAUCACAUGAUUCGUUCUCUGGCGUUUCAUCCCGAUGGCAGCCAAAUUGCGGGAGGUUUGUCAAAUGGCUCAUUCAUCGUUCUCAAAACAAGAGAUCUUUCGGAGAUCUUACGAACUAAAGAUCGCAAUGAGGUUAUUCACGAGCUAAAGUACUCGCCAGAUGGUGCAUAUUUGGCGGUCGGAUCUAACGACAAUUUUGUCGACAUUUACGCGACGUCCCAACGAUACAAGAAAGUUGGCGAGUGUCGUGGAAAUUCUAGUUUUAUAACACAUUUGGAUUGGUCAGAGGAUAGCAAGUAUAUACAAACGAACUCUGGUGCUGUUGAAAGGCUCUUCUUUAAAAUUCCUGCGGGGAAAAGGGUGACGAACAAGGAGGAAAUAAAGGAAAUAAACUGGGCCACUUGGACUGGAGUCCUGGGAACUGAAGUUAAUGGAAUAUGGGGAAAAUAUACAGAUACAAAUGACGUCAAUGCUAUUGAUACAUCGUUUCGUAGCAACACGUUGGUAUCAGGAGAUGAUUUUGGUUUGGUGAAGUUAUUUCGCUUUCCUUGUGUCAAAAAAGGUGCACAUUUCAGAAAGUAUAUCGGUCAUUCAGCCCACGUGACCAACGUAAGAUUCAGUCAUGAUUACGGUAAGGUGAUAACGACUGGCGGGGCUGAUCACUCCAUAUUUCAAUGGCAAUUUUAUCCCGAUGGUUUCAAAGAAAGUGGAGAGGAUCUUUCAGAAACAAGCGAGGAAUACGUUGACUCAGAUGACGGUCUCAGUGACUCAGAUGCAUCGGAUGUUGGAGAACUAGAUAGUGAUGUUGAGAAUGAAGCGCAAGUUAAUUACGACCGAGCGAUUUAUAAAGAGGAUUUGUCCACCUUAAAAAGAAAACUUAAAUUACAGUCCCAAGAAGAACAACAUAGAGUGCUGAAGAGUGCGCAGAAUAAACCGCUGAACCAAGGACUGCAGUUGCAUUUUGUACACGGAUAUCGUGGUUAUGAUUGCCAUAAUAAUCUUUUUUACUUACAAAACGGAGAGAUAAUCUAUCAUGUAGCCGCUGUUGGCAUUGUAUACGACCGUGAUCAACAUUCCCAGCGGUUUUACCUUGGACACACUGAUGAUAUAUUGUGUCUGGGCAUCCAUCCUGUGAAGGACAUUGUUGCCACAGGACAGGUUGGUCGGGAUCCUUGUAUUCAUAUUUGGCAUGCUGAAAAUCUUGAAUGUCUGUCUGUCUUAAAAGGUCAACAUCAAAGAGGCGUUUGCGCUGUUGAUUUCUCUGGAGACGGGAAAAAAUUAGCGAGUGUUGGUCUAGAUAAUGAACAUUGUAUUGUUGUUUGGGAUUGGAAACGAGGGGAUAAACUAGCUACAACGAGAGGACACAAGGACAAAAUAUUCGUCGUGAAAUGGAAUCCAUUCUCUUCCGAUAAGUUAGUCACCGUUGGAAUAAAACAUAUUAAAUUUUGGACUCAGACUGGAGGUGGAUUUACAUCAAAACGAGGCAUUUUUGGCAAUGUAGCAAAGCAAGAUACUAUGCUAUGUGCGACCUAUGGUAAGACCGCUGACACAGUUUAUUCGGGAGGAACAAGUGGUAAAGUGUUUGUUUGGGAGGGUAAUACUCUGAAAGAGACUAUUGAAGCUCAUAAAGGCACCGUGAUGGCAAUACAAACUUUAGAAAAGGGUUUUGUGACUGGCGGAAAAGAUGGCGUUAUUGGUCUCUGGGACCAGAACUUCAGUCGCUGUUUGAAAACAUACAAAAUAGCACGAAGUAGUUUACGUUCUGGUAUUGCGUCAUGUUCUCUGCUUGCAGACUCGCCACCCGUCAGAGCAAUCUCAUUAGGCCAGGGAAAAGUUCUUGUUGGAACGACGAACAGCGAGAUCCUGGAGAUUGAUAAAACUGGUCCUAUUACAGUUCUCAUUCAAGGUCACAAAGAAGGAGAAGUCUGGGGCCUAGCAGUACAUCCUAGCGAAAAUAUUUGCGCGACUGCAAGUGACGAUAAAACGUUGAGAGUCUGGGAUCUAGAUACCCAUCGCUUCAUUAACGGCCGCGUGUUAAAAUAUCCAGCAAGAUCCUUAGGUUAUUCCCCGGAUGGAAAAGCCAUUGCAAUUGGUUUUAAAAAUGGCAGUUUUGUUGUCGUUGAUGCUUCAACUCUCGACGACAUAAUCGAGUUUCAACACCGUAAAGAAGAAAUAUCUGACAUCAAAUUUUCUCCUGGUCAAGGUAAAUAUUUGGCCGUCGCUUCUCAUGAUAACUAUGUUGAUAUUUACAACGUGGUCAGCGGUAAACGUGUUGGCGUUGGUAAAGGAAACUCAAGUUAUAUUACCCAUAUUGACUGGGAUAGCAGAGGUAAACUUAUUCAAUCCAACUCUGGCGCGAAAGAGCAUUUGUUUUUUGAGGCUCCUCGUGGCGAGAGACAGGUCAUUGCGACUAACGAACUUGAUAAAAUAGACUGGUCAACGUGGACAGGAGUACUGGGUCGAGAAGUUGAAGGCAUUUGGCCUCAAUAUUCUGACAUCACUGACGUGAAUGCCACGUGCACGACAAGUGAUAAAAGCAUGAUCGCAACAGGCGACGAUUUUGGAUACGUUAAACUUUUUCAGUUUCCAGCAAAGGGUAAAAACGGUAAAUGUAAGAAAUACAAUGGUCAUUCUGCCCAUGUAACAAACGUCCGCUGGACACACGACGACGGGCACCUGGUAUCGACAGGAGGAGAUGAUACAUCUGUGAUGGUGUGGCGACGUAAUCGUUUGAAACAACGACAAAAUUAUUCAGAUAAAACAGGAGAUAGUGAUGAUUCUGAUACGGAUAGCGAGGAAGAAGGAGGCUUUGACAGUGACGUUGAACUGGAGAAAAAUCGAACAUAUAAAGAUAAAAUCUACGUCAAUUCCAUGAGGAAAACUACAGGAACAAAGCCACACUUGAAGGAAGAAACGAUUGUGGAAAAGACUGUCUUCAGUCGGGGCUCCAAUACACCACCGAAAGUUCGUCAAAAGGCUAAGGAUUCGGUUAAUCGUCGUAGGCGCAUAAGUAACGUACAGGAUCUUAAGUUGGAUCACGUGCACGGAUACCGGGGUUUUGACACCCGAAAUAAUGUUCAUUAUCUUCCCAAUGGAGAUAUCGUGUAUCAUACGGCUGCGACCGGUAUCGUCCUUAAUCUAAAAGAUGGAACUCAGAGUUUUUAUGUGGAACACACAGAUGACAUCAUAUCUCUUGCUGUAAAUAGACAUCCAAAGUUUAAGAGCGUCGUGGCUAGUGGACAGAUUGGUAAUGAGCCGACGGUUCAUGUGUGGGAUAGCACAAGCAAAGAAACGUUAUCUAUUCUCCAGACUUCUCACACUGUUGGUGUAUGUAGUUUAAACUUCAGUAGCAGCGGUAAACUGUUGUUGACUGUAGGAGUCGAUGACAACCACACACUUACUGUAUGGAAAUGGUCUGAAGGUACAAAACUCGCUUGCGUUUCGGGUCAUGCUCGUAGAAUUUUCGUUGGAGAAUUCCGUCCCGACUCCGAUACAAAAUUUGUGACGUGUGGAGUGAAACACGUGUGUUUUUGGAGCGUUGCUGGCUGUCAAUUGGUUGCUAAAAGAGGAGUUUUAACGAACAUAUUUGAGGAAGGAGAUUCAGGAACAACUGUGAAAAUGCAGACAAUGUUGUCUGUUGCCUUUGCUGCAGAUGGCGUCACUUUCACAGGCGCCAUGAGUGGUGAUGUCUACGUGUGGCAAAAUCAAAAAAUGAUUCGUAUGGUACAAAAAGCUCACAAUGGACCUGUGUUUACCCUGUUUACCACCCUAAGUGAUGGUUUGAUCGUAUCCGGAGGAAAAGAAAUGGGAAACAUAAAAGAUGGCGGCUCUGUGAAGCUUUGGGAUCAGGAAAUGAAAAGAUGUCGUUCGUUUAAUUUGGGAAGUGGCUCCGAAAUCGAUGUUGUAAAGUCUGUUUGCCGUUAUAAGGGAAGCAUUUUAGUUGGGACAAAAUCAGGUGAUAUCUAUGAUAUCACAGAAAAGUCAUCUGCGGCUCACGUGAUUAUGAAAAGCCACACGGAAGGGGAGAUAUGGGGACUAUGCACUCACCCGGAGAAAGACGUCUUUGUUACGGGUAGUGACGACAAAACCGUGAGACUCUGGGACCUCGACAAAAAGGUCUUGAUCAACUUCAUCAAAUUUGAGGUGGGAGUACGUUGUGUAAGCAUUUCACCUGAAGGAGAACUCAUUGCAGCUGGAUGUAAAAAUGGAGAAUUCAUUAUCAUGAACUUUGCUAAUUUGAAAAUUGUUUCAAGAAAACGUGAUCGCAGUAAAGCAGUUCAGGAUAUCAGGUUCAGUCCAGAUGGCCGUUAUCUUGCCGUGGGCUCAGAUGACCAUGCCGUAGACUUUUACGAAUUAUCAUCUGGUCAACCGCUGACCAGAGUUGGUUACUGUAAGAAUAUCCCCAGUUUUGUCACCCAGAUUGAUUUCUCAGCAAACGGACAACACGUGCAGGUAUCGACAGGAUCCUACGAAAAGCUUGUGUUUACUGUACCUAAAGGUGUUCCAGUCACUUCACAGGAAGAAAUAAAUAAUAUCACGUGGGCAUCGUGGACGAGUGUUCUCGGGACGGAGGUCAUCGGCAUUUGGCCAAAAAAUGCUGACAGUGCAGACGUAAACUGCUCCAAUCUUUCUCAUUCUGGAAACGCUCUUGCAACUGGUGAUGACUUUGGUUUUGUAAAGUUAUUUCAAUUUCCUGUCACUGAAAAGUUUGCUCCUUUCAAGCUCUACAUUGGUCACUCUGCUCACGUGACUAAUGUUCGCUUUUCUCAUGAUGAUCGCUUUCUUUUAAGUACUGGAGGAGAUGACUCAAGUGUUUUCGUUUGGAAAUGCCUGUAAGGGAAAUGAAAAAGAAACACGAAAACAUGAAAUUCAUUUUAACGAAUUAAUCUCUGUAUUUCUGUACAAUAGCUAAUUUAUUGUUGUGAGUUAUGUAUUUAUUUCAAAAAUAAAAAUAGAUGAAAUGUUUUAGAUAUAGCAAAA